AUGGAGACGGGAAAAAUGUUGUGGCAUGUGUGCAAGGCCCCCCCCCCCCAAAAUUCGCAGCCUAAACAAGGGCCCCAGCAGUCUCUUUGCUGGCAGCGCUGGUGGCCGCUCUUUCGGGACCCAGGCAAAGACGGUGUCAGUGUCGUGAUAUGUGAGUCCAUGUGUGUGUGCCAUACAUUUGUCAGGAAGCUCAGCACUCUAUCAACGGACAUUGACGCCGUUUGCGCCACUGCUAAAAAGACGACGAGGAACCUGGGAACAGAUUCAAGCCGCCAAUUUGACACCCACGCACACAAAUCGGUGCCGAAUCAGCCUGCUGAAAAUCACUUGAACAGCUCGCUGCCAUCCCCUCCACAGAUCUCCGGCCUCUGUCAAGAGCGCCACCAGCCGGCCAGCCGUGGUAGGUCUCCGGUACGACAAGACGGUCGCCGCGGCGCCGCCCACGACCGUCACGCCGACGCCGCGCGCCGUCUGCCGCCCCAAACCGCUGCAACGCUCGCCAUCCAGCUCCACGACGACGUCGUCCUCGGGGCGCUCGUACGCGGCGUCCGUGUCGGGUGUCUCGCUGGCCGGCACCGCGGCCACGUCCGUUCACGGCGGCGCCCCCCGUCCUCCUCGCCAUCAGCAGGGCCGGUGGUGGUGGUGGCACCGCCGCCGCGCCUGCAGCUGCAGCUACUGCCCGUCGUGGCGCCCCCGACCGAGCAGCACCCUGCCCUGCGCUCGCCGCCGCUGCUGCCGCUCGACGAGUGGAAGCGGGACUCGGGCCACGGCAGCGCCGUCAUGCAGGACACCAUCCUGGAGGAGGAGCGUCUCAACGUCGUCGGGCUCAGGGACCAGGAUGACUGCUUCGUGGACAGGGACAAGAAGCAGCAGCAGCAGCAGCAGUGGUCCAAACACGCCACAUGGGCUCCGGCAGCUGGGAAUAAUAAUAAUCCCAGCACUGCGUUUUCCGGAACCCGCCGCGCACAGAGUUUGAACGGCGUGCGGCCUGCCACUGCUAGGGCGGCCAUCCCCUCCCCUAGCGAGUGCAGCACCGCCGGUGCGCCUGCUAAAAAGAGCGCCUGUGCGCCCACUAAUAAUACUGGCAGCCCUGCAGCCGCUAGGGCCUCCACGCGAUCGCCUUUGACAGUUAUUGCACCCCUCGACCUGCGCAUCGCCUCUUCCGUCGCCGCCUCCUCCUCCUCUUCUUCUUCUUCUCCCUCUUCCAAGCAUCAACCUGCCGCCAGCGUCACCGCCUCCGACUUUCUUUCCACCUCCAGCUCGCCGCCCCCAUCGCCCGUUCGCUCCACGUCCCGCCGCAGCAAGCUCCUCAGCCGACACGGCCUGCAACGCCUGUCCUUUUGGGGCGGCUCUCGCGACGACGGCGCCACGGUUGCCCACACGCCGCUGCCGCUGCCGCCGCCGCACGACGACGACGAUUCCGCGACGAAAGCUUUCCGACGUUGGCACAGCGUCUCCCAGCUGCGGGGCGGCUCGACGACUGUUGUUGGUGACACGAGUAUUCCCGGCGACGCUGCUGCUGCUGCCGCCCAGGCUCACACCGGCCCCGGCAGCACCCCAGCAACCCCAGCCUCCGCCAAACGUCAGCCACCUGUACCCCCUGCGCGGAGCUCCUCCCGAUCGGCCACCAUGUCGUCGCCCUCUCCUGACCUUGACCGCGAGCGCGCUGCCGAUUUUUCUCCCAUCGGCGUCGCCAUCCCCACCGAUAGCCUGUUGGACGACGACUUCCUCGCGUCGCUGCACUUUUCCAAGCGCGGCAGCCUGAUGUUUGACCUUAACAGCAUCGCUGCCAUGAACCGCCUGUCCCUCACCGACGACGAUGACCGCAGCGCCACGCCGACCCAGCACUCGUCCGUCGUUGCAGCCGUGCCGCGGCCUGCUUCGUCAGGAACUAGCUGCGCCGUCGCGUCGCCCGCCUCGGACCUGCCCGCCAUGACACCCGACAUGGAGCAGGAGUCGCAAAAGGUGCGCCAGCUAUACGCGUCAGGCGAGCGCGCCGCCUCGCUGCGCGAAUCCGCUCGACACUCGUACUGCGACCGGUUGGAGCCUCACCCCGAGGUCCUGACCGAAGACGACGAGUCCGUUGCAAACGGAAACUCUCCCGCAGCAGCCUCUUCCGUUCCAAAUUCCGCAAGCUCUUUGUCGCAGCUUAAACACGACGCCGCGGCCCCCGUGCGCCACGAACUCGCCGACCCGGCCGGCGGCCUCGAGGACUGGGACGACCUCGACAGCGCCAUGGUCGACCGCUACGGCUUCAUCGGCACCCCGCGCAGCCUCUCGCGUGUGGGCACACCAUCCGACGUGCGCUCCCUCAACCAGUCGCCCCGGCGCCGCAACGUGCUCACCAAGCGCGACCCGAUGGGCUUCGCCUCGGCGCAGGGUGGCGGCGGGCGCCUGCCCGGCCGCAAGGCCUCGGCACGCUCCCUCUACACUCAGCACUCGCAAGUCUCGCAAGUCUCGUUUCGCUCCUCGCGCUCCGUCCUCCGCCAGGCCAGCAACCUCCUCCCGCAGAAUAGAAAUCGGCGCUGGAUGGACGAGGCCGGCGACAUGCUGACCGUGUCCCCGAACCUGCAGGACAGCGUCGAGGAGGCGCGCGUGGAAAAGAUCUCCGAGGCGCUCAAGCGCAAAGAAAUUGAGCGCUCCGAAAAAUGGCGGCGCAUGGCGCGCGUCGUCCACAGCAACGGCACGGGAGACCACGACGAACACGACCACGGCCAGGGCAUGGCAUUUGACUUUGACACGCGCAACCCCAAGCUCAUUGAGCGCACCUGGAAGGGUAUCCCCGACCGGUGGCGCGCCGCCGCCUGGUGGUCCUUUCUCGCCACAUCUGCCCGGGAGCACCCUGCCGGCGACGCCACCGCCACCGAAGCCGACAUCACAGCCGCGUUUCGCCGCCUACAGGACCGCGCCUCAGCCGACGACAUCCAGAUUGACCUCGACGUGCCGCGGACCGUGUCCUCCCACGUCAUGUUUCGGCGGCGCUACCGCGGUGGCCAGCGGCUGCUCUUCCGUGUGCUGCACGCGCUCUCGCUUUACUUCCCCACCACCGGCUACGUGCAAGGCAUGGCCUCGCUGGCGGCCACGCUACUCUGCUACUUUGACGAGGAAAAGUCCUUUGUCAUGCUCGUCCGCAUGUGGCGCCUGCGCGGCCUCGAGCGCCUCUACGAACCCGGCUUCGACGGCCUGCUGGCGGCCCUGCGCGAGCUGGCCACGGUCUGGCUGCCCCGCGAGGUCGCGCGCAAGAUGGAGGACCUCGGCAUCGACGGCACCGCCUACGGCACCCGCUGGUACCUGACCCUAUUUAACCUCUCCAUUCCGUUUGCCGCCCAGCUGCGCGUCUGGGACGUGUUCCUGCUCCUGGGCGACGCGGCCCGCGGCGGCACCGAGCUGCCGCCGCCGCCGCAGCCGAAACCAAGCGUCGCCAGCGUCGUGUCUCUCCCGUCCCUCAAGGAAACGACGCAAACAGCGCCGAGCAGCGGCCUCGACGUGCUGCAUGCCACGAGCGCGGCGCUCAUGCAGGCCCUGCGCGAGGUGCUCCUCGACGCCGACUUUGAAAACGCCAUGAAGGCCCUCACGUCGUGGAUUUCCAUCAAGGACGAGGACUUGCUCAUGAAGGUGGCCAAGGCCGAGUGGAAGACGCAGCUUAAGAGACGCUCAUGA